AUGAAUGUUGGCAACAAAUGGCUUGCUACCAAUAUUGCUGGGAAGGUGAUCCAACAUUCCUAUUUGAGGCAGCAGCAAGAUAAUGUAAUUUUGACAGAUUUAGAAAAUGAGACUUUAUUAAUGGCAAGUAUGAUACAUGAAUUGUUGGAAAGAGCUAGGAG